AUGCACCAGGUGCCGUACAGAGCGGGACUCACCUCAAACGCAGGUCGAAACGAGAGCCUCUGGGAGAAGAGCGGUACCUGUCGAACGGCGCGGCUCGAUCCGCCUCCGAUCGAUCCGAGUCGAUCCCCUACGCCUCGCAUCGUCGCCAGGUACAGAGGAUCGUCCUCGUUGCUGCCCUCGAACCUCCUGCUGAUAGGGCUUGCGAUCUGCUGGCUGACCCUGUUCCCGCAACCGGUACAACCCCGACAGAACCAUCAUCAGACCUGCCCGGGCUGUCCGCACCAGCAGCAACAGCAUCAGCACAUGCACGAGACGCAUCGGGGCGGUGGUUCGAAGGAGCACGCCGCGCCCAGCCCGGAUGAUCUCCGGCUGGAGGCGAUCAAGCACCAGAUCCUGACGAAACUCGGCUUAAGGACAAGGCCGGACGUGAACAGGACGCUGGCCACCGUGCCCAGGCAUUUGGCCCUCGAAACCCUCUACAGGGCCGAGGCCCAGUCCUUUCGUUACCCGGACAAGUCGCGGAACGAGCACGAGAACGUCUACUCGGCCGAGUUCCUCUACGGCGACGACGACUACUCGUACCGCAACUUGGACCAGCAGCCCGAGAGCUCGACCGAGGACAACGCGGGGAUCGGUUACGGAGACCACGAGGACCAGGACGCGCAGGAAGAGAUGGACGACUUUUACGCGAGGACCUCGGAGAUCAUCACCUUCGCCGAGCCCGGACGAACGCUGAACGGGCAACCGUUGCUCGAGUUCCCGAUGUCCAGCGGAGAACCAGCCCUGGAGCCCCUCAGGAUCAAGCGAGCCACCCUCUGGGCGAGAGUCGAGUUCAGGCACGCCCAUCAUUACCAGCGUCAUCGUACGGGCCAGACGAACCAAAGAAACAUUACCCUCUGGGUAUUCAGGGUACGCUGCGGCAACACGACGCACCUGCGUGGGAAGGAACUCGGGCAACACCUGGAGAUGGUCACGUCACUGGGAGUGAACAUCGGGCAACUGGGCUGGCUGAAGUUCGACGUGACCAGGGUGGUGAACAGUUGGUACACGGCGACCGGAGAUUCGGCGAGGGACAAGCUGACGUUGCUGGUCGAUUGCACCGGAUGCGGCUCCCACGUCUACGUGUCGACGUUCGACGGACACUCGCCGCACGUGAUCGAGUCUUCGUUGAACGCGAAAGGUGCCCAAGACCCGGACAGGCCUUUCUUGGUGGUGCGCACGGAUCCAGCGGCGGUGAAGCGCGUGAGGAGGCGAGCGGUGGAGUGCAGCGGCGCGAUCAAGGGCCAGUGCUGCAAGCAGAGGUUCUACGUGAAUUUCUCGCAGCUCGGCUGGGACGACUGGAUAAUCGCUCCCCAGGGGUAA